UACCCGGAGACACAUGCGCAGUUUAUAAAGAUUCCCGAGAGGUGGUUUCUUUGUUAACUAUAUUCAAAAUUGCACACAGUUCUAAAGCAUAGCAGUGCCAUUUACAGUUUUAUUGAAGAAAUAGCAGCCAAUGUUUAGUAUAUUAUGGAUAAGGAGGAGGGUAAAGUUUACGGGGAUUACAGAUUGGAGAAGCUGAUAGGACAUGGUACUUAUGGCUACGUGUACAAAGCUAGGAGGAACGGAAAGUCGACCACUACAACAACCUCGACUGUAUUACUAAAGACCAAACCCUCCACAUAAUGAGCACACUAGGACUCAGUACACAGUAUAAAGUACGACAGUGUUCUCAAUGCCAGGAGGACACCGAGUUCUACUGUAACACGUGUAAACAUGAUCUGUGUUUACAGUGUAAAGAGGAACAUGUUGCAGAAAAAAGCACCAAAUAUCAUAGUGUUGUAUUUUAUGUAACUCGUCACACACAGAGAAAUUUUACCACGCAAUGUAAAGUACGACAAUGUUCUCAAUGUCAGGGGGACACUGAGUUUUACUGUAACACAUGUAAACGUGAUCUGUGUUUACAGUGUAAAGAGAAACAUGUUAUUGAUCUACAUACCAAAUACCAUGAUGUUGUAAUUUACCGUGAGAAGUUUAAAUGUGUCCCUUUACGAGAGACCUGUGUCAGACAUACAAACAGAAAAUACAGAAAGUUCUGUGAUCAGUGUAAAUAUUCCGUUUGUAAGCGUUGUAUAGAACAUAGAACACACGCACUGAAAAGUCUUAGAACAACUUAUCGCACAAAGCGACAACAACACAGAGAAAUCAUUCACACUAUCAGAAGUGAUACUAUCUAUAACUGUCGUGUUUUCCUUGCAGGAAUAAAAAAUGAUAUCAAAACCUGUCCCCAACUAAUAUGUUAUCGUCAAUUACAGAUGUCAACAAAAGCCCAGAGAUUGAAAGAUAUGAUUGAUACUGUGGUAUGUAAUGUUAAAACACGAUGCAGAGGUGUAUUGACUGAGAGAAUGCAGAAGAGAAAAAUGAACAGGGAUGUUGUUCACAUAGAGAACUAUGAACAUAGUUAUGAACAAUCAGCAAACAGAGCGGUACAAUUCCUCUUGUUUAUAAAGACCAGUCGUGUCCCCCAAAUAAAGAACAGUCCUAGUCGGUUAUUGAGUGUUAUCACAGAAAUUCAAAUGACAACACAAAAACGACAAAUAGGAAUAAAUGAGUGUGUGAAACGUAUGCCAACACCUAUUAAACACAUGUCUAUUUGUGUGAAAGGUAUUAGUUACGGUGUGUAUCAUAUAUCUCGUGUGAGAGCAGACCGGGUCUGGGUCUGUGAUAGUACCAAUCUCAUAUUGACAGACACAACAGGAGACACUGUACACUGUGUGGCAGAUAGCAUAUCAGGGUAUAGAGGAAUACACACGGUGAAAAGUUCUCAUGAACUGAUUUAUAUAAACAGUGCUGAUACCAUUAAAGUACUGUCUGUAGACAAUAAAACAGACACCGACGUGUUAAAUAAAACAUUAGAAUGGACAACACGUUGUGUGUACUACUCCCCUGCCAUUGGAGAUCUGAUUGUCGGGAUGUGUAAGUCUGGUGCAUAUACAGGCAGGGUAACCCGAUACACCAGUACUGGACAACACAUCCUGACCAUUGAACAUGACAACGAAGGUCACAUGUUAUAUAGUUAUCCGGAUUAUAUCACAGAAAACAAGAACGGUGAUAUCAUUGUGUCUGACUAUGACCGCCGCGCUGUGGUGGUGACAGAGCGCGUUGGGAGACAUCGAUUCUCCUACACAGGACCUCCAUCAGGAUCAUCACUACGACCAUGUGGAAUCUGUACAGACGCACUGUCACACAUACUGGUUUGUGAUUUAAACACACACACAGUACAGAUGAUUGACAAGGACGGUCAGUUCUUGUUUUUGUUACUGACACGACAACAUGGGAUAUACCGACCAUUCAGUCUGGACUAUGAUGAUAAAACUAACCUUUUGUGGGUUGGAUCACAGGGCACCACCACCGUAUCUGUAUAUAGAUAUAUACAGAGAAGGUACUCUCUGACUGAUAAUCAAGAGAGUGCGAACAAGGGAACUAGGGAAGAAUCUGACCCUGAUGAUAAGGAAGCCUUGGAAGAAUCUGACUUUGAUGACGAGGACACAUGGAAGGAAUCGGACCCGGGUGACAUGGACAUCAAGAAGGAAUCAUUGACCAAUUCGCAGCGGUGUACUGUCAUCAUCGUCAUAAUCAUCAUCAUUCAUUUUUUUUCUGGAGUUUUAUUAAUCCUUUUUAAAGGGUAAGGCCCGACUGCCCUGCCCUGCCGAGACCUAAGUUUUUCUUUCUAUAUUUUUUGGUCCUGUGACUGACAACUCAACUGUAUGACAAACGGGAUGAUUUCAGCUUCUCCAUCGUCAACUUCCCAUAUUUAUGCGGUAAUAUUCAAUUAUCACCUGCGUAUGGUGUUUAUAUAUCUCAACUGAUUCGAUACACAAGAGCUUGUUCUGCAUAUAGUCAGUUUUUAGAUCGAGGGAAGCUACUGACAAAGAAGUUGAUGGCACAGGGGUUUCAACAGUCUCGAUUGAAGUAAGGAUUUCGCAAAUUCUAUGGUCGUUAUAACGAAUUAGUUCGUCAAUACAACUUAUCAUUGCGUCUUAUGCUGUCUGACGUGUUUCAUACUGAUUGUUAGGUCGUUUUUGGCACACUGAUUUUGACUGCGGAUAACUCCGUUUACCUGAUCAUGAUAUAGGGCUCACGGCAGGUGUGACCGGUCGACAGGGGAUGCUUACUCCUAGGCACCUGAUCCCACCUCUGUUUUGUCCAGGGGUCCCUGUUUGCCCAACUAUCUAUUUUGUAUUGCUUAUAGGAGUUAUGAGAUUGAUCACUGUUCGUUAUCUUCACCUUUCAUUGAUACCACUCAAUCCCGCAGAUUCUAUAUCUUGUUUCACUAAGUCAUAUCACAACAGAUUUUGUCUGCCUAGAGCUUGAUAUCCAGUGACAUUCAUGGCUUUAUCGUUUCCAUUGAGUGGAAACUGCUAUUUCCCAUGUUCUUGAACCAUGUAGCAACACAGGUAUAAUGUAGGUUGCGUAUAGACGACCCAUAUAAUGUAGUUGUAUGAAUCAAAAGUUGCCAAUACUGUUACAGAAAAUUUAAUUAUCAAUAUUAAAAGUGAAGCUUGUCUUUGAAAUUGUGACAAAACAUAUAUUCCAAACUCUAGUGUGUUGUUAUAUUUAGCAAAACUGGAUAUAUGAACAUCCUUUCAUGCACGGCUGCAACGCAUUCAUGAGGAAUUGACUAUCAUUACAAUUUGUAAAGACAUCAAAGACAAAAAAAAAAAAAAAAACAAAAAACAAAAAAAACAACAACAAACAAAGCGAUACGUUUUUGCUGUUUUGCUGACAAGUCUGUUAGAAUUACAGAAAUGACAAUAUUAUAUUUUAUGUUUUGCAGAUGAGAUACCAUUAUCAUUCCCUUUAAUUACAUCAGCCAAUGGUUUAGAUAUUUAUUUCCUCAUCUAGUGAUGGUGAGCAUUGAGUACAUUUCCUCAUUUAAUGAUGGUGACAUUUAUUACAUUUCCCAUUCCAUUGAAGGCGGACAUUCAUUACAUUUCCUCUAGCAAUGGCAACAUUGGUUACAUUUCCUCAUCUACUAAUGUAGGACGUUCUAAAGGUGACAUUGAUGAUAAAUUUGGUCAUCUAAAGAUGAUGAACAUUGAUUAAAUUUCCUCAUUUUGUGAUGUUGGAUAUAUAUUACAUUUCCUGAUCUAGUGAUGGUGGACAUUGAUUCCUUUUCAUCCCCGGAAUGAAGGAUUAGCGGCAUAUUAUUUUCGACUGUCCGUCUGUCUGUUUCUCUUUGUAUUGUUACGGUUCAGGACUUCACUCAUUAAAUAUACUACUUUAUACCUAUACAACAUUAAACUGACCUGAUAGCAGAUGUAACUUUAGAAUUAUCCAAUUAAAUCCAUAUCGAUUGUUACAAUGUUGUGAUUUUCAUUCAGACUAACUGCUUAUGAUAGAAUAUUAUGAACCCUGAACCCGAUGUUUUAAACUACUUCUAAAGUCAUUUAUAAGCAAAAUAUGAACAAUAGAAACGAACUGCAAUUGAUUUUAUUUAACUUGAUUACUUUGAUUCACAUAUUGUUAUAAAAUAUGUUAUGUUUAUUAUGUUUAUAUUGGUACAACGUUAUUAAGUGAUAUUUACAAAUUUAACUUAGAUAAACGAUGUCGUUAUCAGUUUGAAAUGUUACUACGUCAUAACAACAACCGAUGUAAAUAAAAGACAGCUGUUUGGAGAGAGAAGAUCAGUCAACUGCAGAGAGAGACUCGGUACAUUUCAGAAAUAAGACAGUGGUAGUUACCAAAUAGUACCAAGUUUAAGUUGCAUGUAACCACAUAAUUAUUAAGAGUGACAUAACGUUUUUAUAGUAAUUUACAAGCCUUUUAGUAGUAGGAACGUCCUGGAUUGGUUCGUCACUGUAUACUUAACUAAAUAACGUUGUACCAACCAAACGAGUUACCAUUGUAUGUGUAUAUACAAUUUGACCAAAGGAUCGUCGCAAUAAAUGUUAUAA